AUGAGACAACCUCAUAUUUAUUCCUUUCCUGUCACCACCUCUCGUCAUUAUUUUCUCUUCUCUAAUCUCUCCUUCUCUCUUCCUCGCUUUCUCUCUUCAAUCCCGCGUGUUUCCUCAGAAACAAGAGAUUUCAUGUUAAUGGGGAGCUUAACGAUGGAAGAGAAGCAACUAGAUUUCAACCGACCUCUUAUAUCCAUUAGACGUCCUACACAAACUUCAGAAACCGAGAGCAAAGAUUCAGCAACCAACAAGAAUCCUCCUCCUCCUUCUCCACCUGUAUACAAGUCUGAUAUCAAGUCAGGUCCUGUGAGAAAUCCAGGAACAGUCCCUUUUCAAUGGGAACACAUUCCCGGAAAACCAAAAGACGAAAGGAAACCGGUUUUACAAGGUCUUGUGGAGACACAUUUUGUGCCAAAGCUUCCUCCUGGGAGGAUUAUAAACUGUAGAGAACCACAAGAACCUGAAACUAGAGACGCAAAGAGUUAUAGUUCUCGGUAUGAAGAUGAUGAUAGUGAUGGUACUUAUCUUGAUGCAAAUGAUACACUUUCAAGAUCUGAAUCAUUCUUCUUCAACUGUAGUAAUGUUAGUGGUUUGAGCGGUUUGGAUGGUCCGGGGAUAGUGGUAGAGCCGUUUGGAACUUUAUCUAGCGAUCGACAAACUCAAGAUCUAAUGAUGGGGAGGUUCUUGCCUGCAGCUAAGGCCUUGACUUCAGAGACACCUCAGAAUCUUGCUAGGAAACCACCUAAACCAGAAGAACCGGCUAGGCAGAUGAUGGUAAUGAAGAAGGAGAAACAUAGAAAAGCUGAGCAGAAUCCGUAUCGGUUCCAACAAGAGGAAGAUGGAAACACAAGCAGCAUGAUGGCUUCUGGUGUUUGUGGUUUAGUCCCUCAGAUAUGUUCUUUUGGAAUAUUGAGUUCUGUUCCAUCUGUGAGAGUGCAGACACAGAGAGCUGUUUCUGUUCGUCGUAUGCGUUCUAAGUAUCAAGAUUCUACUCAGAACAAGCAAACCAAUGAAACUGUGAAUGAAGAUAAGAGGAAGUUGAAGAUAAAUGGAUCAACUGUAGAAAGGUCUUCUCAAGGUGAGUCAUUAUCAGUAAAAGAGAACUUCAGCGCCACUAAAAUCAGUAAAAACUUUGGUGAGCUCUUGGCUAGCGAUGAUAACACAUGGAAGCCAGUGGCGGAGAAAACUCUGUAUGUUGAUACUGUGCAUUCAGUAGACAAGAAUGUACAAGAAGAGUCCAAGGAGCAAUCUUUAUCAAAAGAGUUUCCUCCACUAGACAUUGUUCCUGUUAAAGAAGAUGAGGAUAUCAUUGUGGAAGAAUGUUCUGAUCAAGCUAUAGUUGCAGUGCAAGAAUGUAAUGUGGUAGUAGAGAUUACAAAGGAGAAGACUGAUCUUGAAGUCAAGUUGUUGCAGAGAAAGACAACAAAUCUUGAAAGUUCAAGGUUUCAUCAUCGUUCAACUUAUCACAUUGUUCCUCCACCACCAUUGCCAAAAGCUCCAUCAGAUUCUUGGCUAAAGCGUACAUUACCAACAAUUCCAUCCAAGAACAACUCGUUCACAUGGUUACAGUCUCUAGGCACUGAUAAUAAUCAUUUCACUAAGAUUCAAGCAAACCCCAAGUGGGAAACUUUGGUCAAAACCUCCAAUACAGAACAAGGGUUUAUGUGCUUCUCCAAGGAAACACUCAACCCUAUACCAGAGGCCUAG